AUGAGGGGGAUCAUCCUGGCACUUCUGCUCACUCUAGCGGGGAGCGAAAAGUCCCCGUUUGAGCCAUACUUCAGUGAAAGCAAGACAUAUGUAUAUAACUACGAAGGAAUUGUCCUCAAUGGCUUUGAGAACAAUGCUUUGGCCAAAUCUGGAGUGAAAUUGACCUGCAAAGUGGAGAUCAGUGGAUUCGCUCAAAAGUCCUUCAUACUCAAGAUCCAGUCUCCGGAAUUAAAGGAAUUCAACGGCUUGUGGCCAAGAGACGCCUUCACCAGAUCCUCAAAGCUGAGCCAAGUUGUGGCUGCGCAGCUGACCAGGCCAAUAAAGUUUGAAUACCGCAACGGACAGGUUGGAAACAUCUUUGCUCCGGCUGACGUCUCAGAAACCAUUCUCAAUAUUUACAGAGCGAUCCUGCACCUGUUUCAAAUCACCACCAGGAAGACACAUAAUGUGUACGACCUUCAAGAGGAUGGACUUGGUGGAGUUUGUCAUACACGGUACGUGAUGCAGGAAGACAAGAAAGCAGACAGGAUGAUUGCUAUUAAAUCCAGAGACCUCAACAAUUGUGAAGACAAAGCGGUGAAGAACAUUGGAAUGGCUUUCUUGGAACCAUGCAUUACAUGUCAGAAGAAAUCCAAGCACCUGCGCGGAUCUGCGACAUUCACUUACAAGAUGAAGAACAAAGAUCAAGGGGCCCUGAUUUUGGAAGUCACAGGCAAGCAGGUCUAUCACUUCACCCCGUUCUAUGAACUCUACGGAGCUGCUGUAAUGGAAGCCAGACAAGUGCUGACCUGGCUGGAGACGAGGACAAACAGAAUUAACGAACCUCAGGCCCAACUGGAAAACCGGGGAGGAAUAAGAUACCGCUUUGCAUCAGAAUUAGUUCAGAUGCCAAUGCACUUAAUGAAGACCAAGAACCCAGAGUCUCAGAUAGCGGAUGUUCUGCAGCAUCUGGUUCAGAACAACCAGCAGCAGGUCCAAGCUGAAGCUCCAGCCAAAUUCCUGCAGCUGGUGCAGCUCCUCCGCGCAGCGAACCCAGACAGUCUUCAGGCCAUCUGGAAGCAGUUUGCUGACCGGCCGCAGUACAGACGCUGGCUGAGGAACGCAUUCCCACUGAUCGGGUCGUCUGAUGCCCUCAGAGCCAUCAAGCAGAUUAUUCACAGCCAAGACGUAACGCACCAGGAAGCAGAGACGAUGAUAACGCACACGAUGCAGUACAUGAGGGGCAGCCAGCGCGCGCUGCAGAUAGCCACCGAUAUGGUGCUGGAAUACAAAGUCCAGAACUCGCCUCAUCUGUUCAAAGCUGCAAUGCUGGCCUAUGGGACCUUGGUCAACAAAUAUUGCUCCUCGGUCACAUUUUGUCCUGAAAAUGUGUUACAGCCCCUCCAUGAUCUGGCAGCUGAGGCAGCGAACAAGGCCCAGUACGAGCACAUCUCUCUGGCGCUGAAGGCUAUGGGGAACGCCGGACAGCCCGCAAGCAUCAAACGCAUCCAGAAAUUCCUGCCAGGAUUCUCCUCCAGCGCCUCCCAACUUCCGGUCCGAAUCCAGGCCGACGCUGUGAUGGCGCUCAGGAACAUCGCCAAGAAUGACCCUCAAAGAGUCCAGGAGCUGCUUCUCCAGAUCUUCAUGGACCCCAAUGUUCACUCUGAGGUGCGAAUGAUGGCUUGCAUCGCCCUGUUCGAGACUAAACCCUCAGUAGCCACUGUGACCAUGGUGGCUCAGACCGUAUUAAAGGAAAGCCACAAUAACCUGCAGCUGGCCAGUUUCACAUAUUCCCACCUGAAAAGCCUGUCGAAAAGCAGAAUUCCAGGGCUUCACUCUCUGGCUACUGCCUGCAACAUGGCCUUAAAAAUCCUGAACCCCACUCUGGACAAACUGGGUUGGCGUUACAGCAAAGCGCUUCACCUCGACACAUUUAACUACCCCCUCAUGGCGGGAGCUUCUGCCAAUGUCUUCCUCAUUAAUAGCCCAAGCACCACAGUCCCCGUGUUCAUUCUCACCAAAGUGCGAGGAUACAUGGCGGGCCAGAUGACAGAUGUUUUGGAGGUCGCUAUCAGGGCGGAAGGUCUACAAGAAACCAUCAGAAAACAGAACAUCCCGUUUGCCGAGUUCUCUAUGCAGAAAAAGAUUGUCAAGAUUGUGAAAGCUUUGAUGGGGUUCAAAGCAUUGCCAGCCGACGUGCCGCUGGUUUCUGUGCACGUCAAGUUCCUCGGCCAAGAGGUUCAGUACAAUCAAGCCACCAAAGAGACAAUUCAGAAUGCAUUCAAGGCCCUGAAUGAACCCGCUGAAAGACACUCAAUGGUGAAGAACAUACUUAACAAGCUCCUCAGGGGCGUUACCGGACAGUGGGCGUAUCCCGUACUCGCUGCUGAAAUACGACACAUUGUCCCAACCUGCGUGGGUCUGCCUCAGGAGUUCAGCGUGCACUCAGCUGCCGUCGCAAACGCCGCCGUCGAGACUGAUAUGAAGGUAACUCCAUCUCCAUCAACAGAAUUAAGUGUUACUCAGCUGCUAGAAUCCAAUGUCCAGCUCCACGCAGACAUUUCCCCCAGUUUCACCCUCCAUACCGUGGCCACAAUGGGUGUGAACACACAUUUAAUUCAGUCUGGAAUUGAGUUUCACGUGAAAGUCCGUACGUUCACACCAGCAAAGUUCACGGCAAAGAUGGACAUGAAGGAACAGAACAUUAAGAUUGAAACUGCGCCGUGUCAGCAAGAAAACGAUCUGUUUGUGGCAAGAUCUCAGGUCAUUGCUGUAUCAAGAAACCUUGAAGAGCUGGAGGCCACCAAGAAGACGCCAGUUGUUGGUCGGGCUGUAGAACAAGACAUUCUGAAGAAACACUUUGAGAAAACUGGACAGAGCUCGGCAGAAGCAGCCAGCAUGAUGGACAUAUCUUCAGAGAUGAUGUCCAAGAAGUUUGCCUACCCUGCAGAUGUAUCACAACACCACUACAGCCCAAUGGAUGUGUUUCAAUGGUGCAUUAAGUUUCCCACAGCCGGAAUGAAAGCCUGUCUGCACGGCAGCUCCAAAAAUGCCGCAUCCAAAGGGAAUUCGUUUUUGUACCAAAUCACUGGAGAUCAAGAAGCCAAACUGACAGUGAAGCCGGAUCGCGCUGAAGUACCAAUCGAGAAACUGCAGCUGGACAUAACAGCCGGACCAAAGGCUGCUUCCAAAAUCGUUGUUCUGGUAGAAGUUGAGGAGCGAGAGGGUGAAACUCUGGAAGACUCCGUGGUCCAGAAGAGACUGAAAACUAUUCUGGGAAUUGAUGAUGAGUUUAUGGCUAGAAACAGAAGUUUAAGCCAGAAGCGAAGGAGACCGACUCAAAAGAAGAACAAGAACAUUGAAGCCCCUGAGGCAGAUGUUGUUGAAGCAAGAAACACCAAAAAGCAAAAAUCCUCCUCUAGCUCCUCUGAAUCUUCAUCCAGUCAAUCAUCGUCAUCAUCAUCAUCAUCAUCAUCGUCAUCAUCUUCCUCCUCUUCUUCAUCUUCCUCAGAAUCUCAACAAUCUAAACAACAGCACAGGAGGCAAAAGGGACAACAUAGUCAUGCCCAUGCGUCAACAAGGAAACCUCACAAUGCUAAACACCAUCAGCAAAGCUCAAGCAGCAGCAGCAGCAGUCGCCAAAGUGGCAAGAGAGGCCAUUCGGCAAAAGGCAGCAGCUCCAGCAGUUCGGGUAGCAGCAGCAGCUCCAGCAGCAGCAGCAGCAGCAGCUCCAGCAGUAGCAGCAGCGGAAGCAGCAGCUCCAGUAGCAGCUCCAACAGGCAGCAUCAACAUAAACAGAAACACCACGCAACCUCUCAACAACAGCAACACAAAAACAAAUGGAACCAGAAACAUCGCAACCAACAUUUUAUUGAUUCAGAGCAGGGAGAGUCUGAAAUUUAUCAGUUAAGGUUUACUCCUUCACACAGACAGGUACCGAGAGCAGCUUCCGGUCAGUCGAGCUCCAGCUCCUCCUCAAGCAGCAGCAGCAGCAGCAGCGGAUCUUCUCAAAGAUCUCCUCGCCGAGGCACAUUCCUUGGAGACAAGAAAGCCCCGUCCUUGGUUGUCACAGCCCAGGCUAUAAGAAAUGACAAUAAAAGGCAGGGCUACCAGGCCAUUGUAUACACCGACUACCACUCCUCCAGGCCCAAGGUCCAGGCCUACGUGGUGGACGUCACUGGACAGAGCCGCUGGAGAAUCUGCGCUGAUGCUCGGGUGGAAAGUCAACACGAAGCUCAGGCCGACUUCAAGUGGGGUCAGAACUGCCAGCAAUACAAGAUCGCGGUCAAGGCUCAGGCGGGACGCCUCGGAAACCAACCGGCAUUAAGAAUGAAGGUCCAGUGGCCCCGCGUGCCAUCAAAACUGAAAUCUGCAGCCAGGGCGGUUGCUCAGUACGUUCCCGGAGCCGCCUUGUUCCUCGGAUUUUCUCAAAGAUUCCAGAGAAACCCAUCGAGGCAGGCAAAGAUUGUCCUGGCUCUCAGCGGCCCCAGGACCAUGAACGCCAUCUUCCAGAUACCAAAGGUCACUCUAUACUGUCAGGCCGUCCGUAUCCCGGUGCCAAUCACCGCAGCUUACCAUCCGCAAACCUCUGCCAUCCAGCUUCCCAACUGGAACAUCUUUUCUGAGAUUCCCAGCUCCAUCUUGGACAGUCUGCAGGGUAGCUGCACAAUAACCGACGAUCAGAUAACAACAUUUAACGAGCAGAAAUAUAACUACAAAAUGCUACAGGAUUGCUACCACGUGUUGGCGCAGGACUGCACCGACCAGAUGAAGUUCAUGGUUCUCGUUAAAAAAUCAGCAGAUUCUCCAGAGUACAAAGACAUCAACGUGAAACUGGGCGACUUUGACAUUGAAAUGCAGUCGUCCUCAGGGGGACUGAAGCUGAAAGUGAAUGGAAUUGAAAUCUCCAAAGACAGACUCCCCUAUCAGCUCAGACUCGAUCCAGAUGUUACGAUCCAGGAGGUGGACGGAGCCUUCAUCCUAUCAGCUUCAGACUUUGGAAUCAAGAAACUUUACUACGACGGAAAGAGCAGCCAGGUGGAAACCGCCAUAUGGAUGCGCGGGAAGACGUGUGGAAUGUGCGGCCGCCAUAACGACGAGAUUGAGCAGGAAUACCAGAUGCCCGACGGCUCCGUCGCCAGAGAGGAGCAGAGCUUCGCUCAUUCCUGGAUGCUUCUGGAAAAAUCAUGUUCUGGAGCCUGUAAGUUGGAGCGCAGCACCGUGAGGCUCAGUAAAGCAGAAGACGCAGAUCUCACGUGUUAUUCCGUCCGCCCCGUCCUGCGCUGCGCUAAAGGCUGUUCCCCGACGAGCUCCACGUCUGUGACCGUCGGCUUCCACUGUCUGGCUGCUGGUGAAUCCGUGGACGGCCAGAACAUGCUGGACCUGCCUGAGGAUCUGUUUGAGAAAACCGAGGCCCACACCGCCUGCUCGUGUGAAUCGGGAAAUUGCCCGGCGUGAUCCACCCAGAGCCCCAAACGUGUACAGUCCGACCGUAUCCCCACGGAAACGGCAAAAUGAAUCCAAUCUCGCAUUAAAUAUAGCACUGCUGCUAAGAAAUUUCAAUAAAGAUUUUGCAUUCAAAAAUUA